CUUCCUUCUCAUGGGUUCUACCUAGGUAGCUAUCGACGAGAAUAAUCAACAUGAGGAAAGAAGAAGAGGAAGGAUGUGCCAUCAGCGUUGACGAGACUUAUAUCCCUUGCUUCCAGCACGUGAGAGGUAUACACGUGACCAGACCGUCACACUCUGCAAUCCCCUCUGUUCAUUCCCAUUGCACAAACAGUCUUCGGAGCGGCGACGUAUGCCUUUGGCGGUGGUUAACUAAAUUGUACCACCACUCGGGCACUAUAGUAAAUUGCACAGAUCGGUGUAAGGAAUAGCAAAACCAGCAAAUAAAUUCCUCGGCUCAAUUUGAUCUUCUGGAGAAUCCAGCAAGUCUGCGACAGAUUGGACCGCA